GACUGACUGAAGGACCUCUGAUAGACUCUCACAGCUCGCGAAGGAUUUCUAAACUGCAGCGUUUGCAGGCGGCUGUGAAAGAGCUGAAGUGAAAGUCUGCAGCUCACACUGACCCUCGGUGCUCAUCCAGACACCAUGAAGACUGCACCUGUGGCUCUGCUCCCCGGUGUGUGUGUGCUGCUGCUGUCUGCACCGACUGUUUCUGCAGUGUCUCUGUCUGUCAGUCCAAACCUUCAGCAGGUCUUCAGCGGAUCCUCUCCAGUGUCUCUGAGCUGUGAUGAUGGAUGGACGGUGAGGAGGACCAGAGGAAACCAGACUGAUGAGUGUGGAGCAGCAGCGGACUUCACUAGACUUGAUGAGUCCUCGUGUGUUCAGGACUUUAAAACAACCUUCACAGCGAUUUACUGGUGUGAAACCAGUUCUGGGCAGAAGAGUGAUGACAUCAUCAUCAGUGUUUCAGAAAAAGGAGUGAUCCUGGAGAUCCCGGCACUUCCUGUGACAAAAGGAAGUAAUCUCACUCUGCGUUGCAGGCUCAGCACUGGUGAAACAGUGGCAGCUUACUUCUUCUACAGUGGACGUCGUCUUGUAUCUGGACAUAAAGAGCACACCAUCUCCAACGUGCAGCAGUCCAAUGAGGGUUUCUACUGGUGUGCUACUGAUCUGAGUGGAUCAUCUGCUCAUAGCUACCUGAGGGUCAGAGAUCCCCCGACGACCUCCGUCAGAUCAUCUGUCCAUUCUCGUGAAACCAUGUCCCCCUUCCCCUCUCUUCCCCCUCCUCCUCCCCCCACCAACUGUUCCUCACCUCGUCCUCCUCCUGCUCCUUCUUCUUGUGUGCCUGUGUUGAGACUCCUCUCCCACCUGCUGGCCUUUUGUAUUUACUCCAUCACCACCGGCCUGCUGCUGUCCAUCUGCUUGGACCGGCUGGCCACCAGGCGCUCAGCAAACAGACUUCCCGUCUCCGUGGAGAUGACCCAGUGCAUUGAAGAAAACUACGAGGCGGUGGUUGACAUCACGGCUGAUGCGCUCGUCGAGGACUCUGAAUACUCUGAAUGAGUCUGCUGCUCUGACUCCGCUGACGUUUCAUCACACAGAGCAGAGGGAAGCGUCCAUCGUGCGGGAAGCUCCAGCUUCUCAUUUCUCAGACUGCACAUGUGAUACUGGGUUCUUCCCGCUCCUCAAAGUCACUUCCUGAAAGAUUUGUUACUGAAACAUGUCACGGACUGUGGACAUGCCUUUGCUCUCCGCUCGCUCUCCUGCUGACUCUUUGAAUCCCAGCUUUUGUGUAUCGGCUCACAGAUGAACGUCUGAUGUUGGAGGUUAAACUGCUGUAACAGUGAAGCCCAGAGAGGGUUUCCCACUUUUACUAAUAACAUAACGUUUCAAUCUGUAUAUGUUUAACUUUACACCUUGUAACAGUUUAAUGUUGGAACUAUUUUCUCUGUACUGUCUACAUCCGCCAGCCAUAUAACAGCUGGAGGAUGUCACAGCUCAGCUGAUGGGGAAGCUUCCUGUGGUGUUGUCAUGUCAUGUUCUCAGCAGUCACACAGCCACAGGGUGGAAGCUAAAACUCAAGACUAAAACCAGCUGUGAAGAAAGUAUUCUCAUCACAUGAUAUAAAAUUAACUAAAACAACUGAAACAAUAUUGGAAAAAAUAAA